GGAACCACUGCAAUAGAGAUUUUUUUUCUUUAGCAGAAGUCUCUACAUUCUUCUUUAUAUCCAGAGUUGCAAGAGUUUAUUCUGUUAAGCCAGAAUGUUUCCAUCAAUCUCCAAUUUUGUAUUAAAUAUAUCUUUUAAUGCAUCUUACUGCCACCGUGUUUAAACAUGUUUGCUACUGUAUAACAAGUUUCCAAGUGUUUAGUGUACCAGAUUUUAGAAACCAGCAAGAGCCUCUCUUUCAAGCUUUCUCACGGUUCAGGCUGACUGCUUUAAAUAACCUCAGCAAGUUUCCUGUUCAAGACUGAAUAGAACAGAGGGGUAGAGAGGGGAUUAGGUGGUGGUUAAAAGGUGGGCUUGAGCCCAGUUGCACAUCAGUGGGCCGUUGCAGACAUAUUCAUGUAGCAGCUCAUCUGUCAAGGUGCUGUGUUUCAGAAAUUAAAAGGUCAGAAGGUGGCUUACUGAAUGGUGUACAGCAACUAGCCUGCUUUCUUCAUGGGGACUGCUCAUCUGCUUAGACUGCUACGCUUGUUUACUGGCAUUUCAAUGCUUCAGCAGGUGAGAAGCUGGAGCAUCGCUGUACCCAAAACAAUUACUGCAGUGGAGGGGAGCUGUGUUGUUUUGCCGUGUCAGACACAACCUCAUUCUCGGGUCAUCUGGUACCAGUACCAUAACAGGCAUUAUCCUGUGGUGUAUGACGGGCGUCACCCAACUGCAGUGGAAGACCAGUUCAGAGGACGCACCUCAGUACUGGGUGAAGCUGCAGAGGGCAACUGCACCCUGCUGAUUAGUAAUGUGAAGCUAGCAGACGACAACCUCAAAGUUUAUGUUUGGAUCGACCCAGACUCUAAACAAACUCAGAAAUUCUAUCAUCAAACUGUAACUGUCUUUGUUGAAAGAAAGUCUCCCAUUAUCGCCAUUCAGAAGCAAAUAGUGGAUGGGGAAAUGUUCCAGGCUAACUGCAGCGUAAAGUACUCCUGCCCCUUCUCACCUCCAUCCCUUCAUUGGAACACAGGUCUAUUUCUAAAAAACUCCACUUCAAUGACUCUUAAUGACGACGUACAGGACCAAUGGUUGUACACAAAGAUACUUCAUGGACUAGCAACGUAUGAAAUGCAUAACAGCAAAAUGUGGUGCUCUGCAGAGUUCAGAUCCUUCGCCACAAAAAGUCAACAAAUAACACUUAACAUUUUAUAUGAACCUGUGACUGUGACCCUGUUAUUGGAAAAGGAACCGGUAAUGGAGGGCGGCAGCGUCACCUUGGAGUGUGCGGCUAACUGCAACCCACAACCACACACGUACAUAUGGCUCAGGAGACAGAUGGGUCAGACCAACGAAAUAACUUCAACUGAGAGAAAAAGGCCCUUCAACAACAUAACACGAGAUACUUCUCUCUCCUGCAUCGCUCACAAUGACAUUGGCACAGGGAAGUCCGACUGGUUGGAUCUGGAUGUCCAAUAUGCCCCAGUAAUCCUACCUGAGUCCUUCUGCCACCUGACAGGAGGAGUUCUGAAGUGUGUCUGCCAGGCUGAGGCGUCCCCUAAUGCCUCUAUAUACUGGACCAUUGAUGGAAAUGAACCUCUUCCAUCCUCCUUCAGCAUUGUUUCCACAAAUAAAAAAAAUGUAGUGUCUGGAAUAAUAAGGGGGCCAGGUCAAAGCCAAUCUAACAUAUCUUGCAGAGCCACAAACGCCCUGGGCAGCGACACCAUACAGCUGUCUGCACACUUACAAACAUCCUCUUUGUAUAUGUGGUUGUCAGCUUUAUUGCUCCUGGGAAUUGGUUUGCUGUUUGGAUGUGCGUUGUUCAUUUACAGAAAAUAUUCUAGAAACAGAUCGCCACCGGACUUUUUGUGCAACACUGAUAUCCUUUUAAGGCCACAACAUGUAACAGACAACGUCCAACCAGAACAAAUAUGCAGCAGUCCUCAUAGAUCACAAGAUUUGGAUGCACAAUCAAGCCCGUGCAGACCUGAGAGUAACUCUGAGGUGGACAGACUUUCCUGUGUUUAUGACAAUGAUUUUGUGGCAAAAAUGAGCCGACCAACCACAGCUCAACAGCACCAGGAAAAUGCAACAGCUGCCCAAAGAGAAGACGGAAUACAGCCACAGGCAAAGAGUGUAGAUUGCAGCACAGAUGUCUAUCUAAACUGCUGGCCAGAGGGCAACUGCUGCUGCUGCUCUUACAAUACUAUCCCAACUUCCUUGCUGUGUUUUUUUUUUUUUUUUAACUCUAGAAAUAUUGCAGUUUAAAUGUCAGGCUUUUGUACUUUGAUUCAAUAAACAAACAAACCAAUCAGGUCAGCUGUUUAUGGUCUGUUCCCACACUUGUAGUUUUGGAGGAUCAGGCUCUUCCAGCCAACCAGCUGAGAGCAAUUAUUUACAGUUACAGACCCUCCAUGGCUUCCCCCUGCUGGGUAUAUGGCAACCAAUAGGCCCCCACAGGCACAGCUUAUGACAAGGAAAACUUCUUUCAGAAUACAAGCUCACCUCCCCACCUCU